AUGAACGAGGCAAAGCUAAAACGGCAGAAAUUUUUAAACAGCCUUCAACACAAUAUAUGCAAAAGUUACUACUUAUAUCACAAUGAUUUUUACGAGCAGUUCGACAAAUUCCUGUUCAAUUAUAGUGUAUUGUUACUAAACCCUUCUAAAAAAAAUGAUCUUUUUUGUAAUCAGCUGUCCUUUUUAAGUUUCACAUGCCAUUAUUUUUAUCCACAAAAGGGAAGUAGCAAUAGUGAGGAGGAGGUGAAAGGACGUUCGGCUGAAUGUCCAUCGAUAGAUAUUGAUGAGUACUCGAAUGUAAGCACAAGAGACGAUGAGUGGAAAGUAGGCGAUGAUUGGAAACUAAGCGAACGUUUUAGUAAUCAUGGGGAAUAUGCAGAUUUACUGCAUGAUAGGAGUGCAAAGGAGGGAAAGGAAGGGCAUGAAGAGGUGGAUAUUACGGACGACGAGAUGCUCAACGAAAAUGUUGAACAGAAAAAGAAGGAAAUAUGGAAGAGAAUGAAUAAGGAGAAGAUAAAAAUGGAUGCAGAUAAUUUAGUAAAAGGUAGAAGAGAAGAGCACAGUAACAUAUUAGUGGCAUACAACGAUUUAAAUGAGUAUAUAAACUUUUUAAUGGUAAGAAAUAAAAAAGAAAUAAAUUAUGUAGAAGAAUUAUUUUUUUUAUUAUGUCAACUUAUAGUUCAUUAUAAACAUGACUUAUAUAUAUCUGUUCUGUUAAGUAUAAUAAAGACUAUAAGACAGAAUAAAAAGAGAGUGGAUUGUAUACAAUAUUUGCAAAUUUUAAUUUUUCUAAGUGAUGUUAAUAUUAAUAAGAUAAGAUCAUACCUGUUUAAAAGUAUAAUUGAUAUGAUAGUAUAUACGAACAAAAAAACAAAAGAAGAGAAGAUUAAAAAUGAAAUAUUGUUUCUGUUACAUGAGGCUUAUAUAGAAAAUAAUCAGAAGAAAAGAAUACGUAAGAAAUAUUCAUCUUCCUUUAAAAAUAUUAAUCAUUUUGCAAAUGCUAAUCAUUUUGCAAAUGUUAAUCAUUUCCCAAAUGUUAAUGAUUUGCCAAAUGUUAAUGAUUUCCCAAAUGUUAAUCAUUUUGCCAAUGUUACUAUAUCUGAGUGCUUCAACAACUUUGCUUGUAGUAUACUGAUAGAACUGAUAAAGAAAAACAUUUACGUAAAUAAGAGAAAUAUAAACCUAAUUGCAGAGGGGGUCUUUUAUAAAAAUGAAAAAAUUGUUAAGUGCGUCUGCUUUGCUUUGCUAGGGAAAUAUGAUAACAAAGAAUUUGUCGUUCAAAUAGAAAAGGAAAAAUUUGAUAAAAAUAAAAAAAUCGAAGAAUUAAAAAACAUAAACAAUCAGUCCCAUCAAAAGUUGAGUAAAUCAAAAAUUAAACAAUUACAUUUAAAAAAAGAAAAGAUUAUGGAACAGCUUUAUAACGAUCAUCAUAACGAGGAACAUUACGCUUCAGAAGAGGAAAACAAUAACAAAAAAAGGCAUAUUUGCAAUUAUAUAAAUUUUCUUUUUAUCGAUUCUCUUUUUAAUCCGUACGCAUUUGCAUCAAAUUUAUUUAAUUUAAUUUGUACGAAGUAUAAAGGUAAUAAUGGUACAAUAAAGUUAUUACUACUCAACAUCUUGUGCAGAAUUUAUCAGAGAAAUAAAAUAGUAGAAGAAAAUUUUUUUUUAUAUUAUGAACAUGUUAUUACACAUGUAAGGAAUAAAAAUACCUUGUCCAAAUAUCUAUCCAUUUUUUUGCAAUGUAUUCAUGAUUAUAUACCACCUCCUUUUAUUCAACGAAUUCUUUAUAUAUUAGUAAAAAAAUUUUUGGCUGAAAAUUUAUCGGAAGAAUUCGUUUAUCUUAUUAUUAACACUAUUAUUGAAAUCAUUGUAAAAUUUCCCCAAGCCUUGAACGAAGAAAUAUACGAAGCAGUUAUUAUUUUUAAAGAUUACAAAAAUAGACAUAUAUCUAUCCUCAUCAGACGCUUUCUCAAUGUGUGCAAACAGUUCAAUCCACUAAUCCUCAGCAGAAAAUUGUUGGACAAAAAAACAGCCAUGCUAAUCCAAAAAAAAAAAAUAUUGAACUCUGCAGGUAAGAACGACCAAGAAGAUUCGCUUCUCCGAUACUCCUACCUACUGGGUGGAGAAGCCGCUUCGGAGAGGGUCGAAGAGGAGGAGGAGGAGGAGGAAGAGGAUGAGUUUGUACAGAAGGGCAUAACAGCAGCGCGGGGGGAUGAUUGGAACACAGUUGGCAGUGAUGUAGAAGCCGUUGACGUAGAAGCUGAUGAAGUAGAGGCUGAUGAAGUAGAAGCUGAUGAAGUAGAGGCUGAUGAAGUAGAAGCUGAUGAAGUAGAAGCUGAUGAAGUAGAAGCUGAUGAAGAAGAAGCUGAUGAAGUAGAAGCUGAUGAAGAAGAAGCUGAUGAAGUAGAAGCUGAUGACGGCAUUUAUGAUAAACGCCGAGCAGAAUGCAAGAAGGGGGGGAACCACGGGAUUGAGGAAAAAGUUAUGAACAGGGAAGGAAAGAAGAAGCAUGUGCAAAGGUUAAGCAAACAGAUGAAAAAGGAAAAAAGGAAAGAAGAAAAGAUUAAAAGAGAGGUGAAAAUAUGGAAUAAAAAUGAAAAGAUAUUAAGCGAACGAAUAUUAACGGAUGAGGAUUUUAAAAAAUUAAAAAGGAUGAGAGAUUACAUUGAAAACAACAGAAAUGUAGAUAUGUCAGAAUUGAUGGAAAUAUGUAAUGCUCAAAGCAAUGAUGAAGAUUCGGAAUGUAGCAGUGACGAGGGAAGAGAAAAGGUACUCACGGAAAAUGAUUUGUUAUUUAAAAAAAAAAUUAAAAAAAGUCAACUCAUCAAAAUGAAAGGUAGGAAUACUGGAAGCUGCAAAAGUGGUAGUAGUUACCGAUUUAAAACAAAUAAGGAAAAGGAAAAAAAAAAAUCAUCCAUGAUGUUAAUGCAUAAAUUGAAAACAAAAAGGAAAAAGAAAAAUGCACUAACACAAUACGGAAAAAUAAAGAAGAAACUCAAAGGUAAGUUAGCAGCACGUGCAAAAAAGAGAGGAAUCAUACAGAAGCGAAUUACAAAAAAGUUAAGCAGAAGAAAGAGGUGA